AUGUCGACCUCGACCCCUAACAAGAGGCCUGCCGCAACCGCCACGGGCCCCGGCCGUCGUACUCCCACCACCAACUCAACCAUCACCAACACAUCUUCUACCGCUUCUGCUGGCGCUCAUCAUCCCAGUCCCUCCCGUAUGCCGUCGUCGCAGGCCUCGAGCGCAUCGGCGGCCACCAACGGCGUCAACCGCACUCGCUCAGUCAGGAACGGCGCGCCAGUUUCCGCACGAGCCGCUGCUGCUGCCAGGAAACAGAGCAGCGCUGGCACUCCUGAUCCAGCCGAAGAGGACGCAAAGGCGGAGAUGCAGGCCAAGUUGGAAGAGUUGCAGCAGAAGCUCCAGCAGGCCGAGCUGUCCUACGAGGAAUCGCAGAAGCAAGCCGCGGUUCUGCAGGUGAAACUGGAUGAAGCCCGCAAAGAGCAGGGCAUGUUGGAGGAGCACGUGCACGAGCACACUGAACGCAUCAACGAUCUGGAGAACGAGAAGAGGGAGAGCGUGCGAGCUCGUCGUGAAAUGGAGCAAAUCUACGAAUCCGAGCGUGCAGCGGCCAUGAAGGAGAAGGAGGAAGCAGUCGCCCGCGAAGAAGAGAUGCAGCUGGCUAUGCAGCGCAUGAAGGAGACACUCGCUCAACGAGAGAUGCGCGCUGGUCUGGACGACGAGAGAAGACCAAUGCUCUCCCGGCACUCUUCUCACGGUCGGAGCACAAAUCCGUCCCCGAAUCCCGAAACGUCAGAUCGCCAAUUCGCUCCGCCCUCAGUCCAACGCAGCGAUUCGUCUUCACGAAGUAAUUCCAAGCUGGUCAAUCAGAAAGACAAGAUUAUCGAAUCGCUACGAUUGGAGCUCGCGGAAGCACAGAUAAAGCUCGUAGAGGUAGAGAACCGGGGCGGUGGUCACAUGCAAGAACUACAGAAACAGCUGUACGACAUCAAGAUGAACAACGCGCGGUUGAUGGAGGAAAACGAGUCCUUUCAGCUCCUUCUCAGCGAGAAGACACUCAACGGCGACUUCUUGCGACCGCCUUCCACCAAUAUCUCCAGGCCGCGGUCGCGCAGCCCCGAUGCUGGUGAUGCUAGCCACACUGGAGGUGCGAGCUUGGCUGACGAACUUGAAUCUCAUGAUGAAAGCGAGGGCGAUGACGAUUACCGACGUCUCAGGGCAGAGGUGAACAGCCUGAAGGAUCAGAAUAAGGCCCUGACGCUGUAUAUUAACAAUAUCAUCUCGCGCCUCCUGCAGUAUGACCAGUUCGAGCAAAUCCUGGACAAGACGCCUGAGCUUAUGGCUGGGCCGCCGAACCCAGCCAGCAGGAGAUACCAGGAAUCUGAUACCGACAAGGAGCUACCGCCACCGCCUCCUGAGAAGGACGAACAACCUGCAGGGCUUUUGCAGAGAGCCAAGAGUGUGCUGGGUGGCAAGCCAAAGCCGCGGCCAAUGUCACAGCAGAUCAACCCGGAGCAAGUGGAGAAGCCACUCCCAACUCCAAGACUAGAUGAGCCAUCCAGGCAUGAGGACCCUCAGACCGCACCCAGCGUGCCGCUUGGUCGUGCGAAUAGCAAGCGCGGUGGCCACAGGCGCGCGAAUUCGGAAUGGCCUGCAGCUAGUGUUGUGACCAGCAUGUAUCGCGGCCCUCAAACAUCACUAGGAGGCCCCCUUAGUCCGGGCCUUACUUCACCCACCAACCGCAACUCAUUUUUCGCCGGUCGAGUCCCCUCAUCAGGCUCCAAUGUCCCGACGAUAUCAGAGUUCGCUGCGGACAAGGAAAAUAGUGGCCCUCAGAGAGAUAGCAAGAUCAGUGCCACCAGCAACCGCAACAGCAUGAGCGCCAGUCCAGCAAACUUGAGCGGCCCCGCUGGCCUCGACGGUGCUCCGGACGGAGUUGUGAGCGGCAUCGCAACCGAGAGAUCGAAUCCAUCUUCGCCUCCUCGCAGCACGACGAGCAAUGAUAAGGACAAAGCAUCUGGUGCGAUUAUGAUGGGAUCCAAGCCAAGACCACUGCGACUCGUUCAGGAAGCGGCGGAGGAAGAUCAAGCGAGGAAGCAGUCCAAUCGUGGCAGCUGGUUUGGCUUCAUGAACAAGGGAGCUGGGGCUGGCGUCUUCGGACAGAGAAGCAACAGCGGAGAGCCGCCAGGAUCGGCGCAGUAG